UGACCGGCCAGGAUAUUUUUGAUACACUCCAUUGCAGCCAAAUGUACUCGUACAAAUCGACAAUUUCCACAGCAUAAUCACGGUUACUUUUUCCACUUUCCAGAUGUGCCACACCCUGCAACAUAAGUUGCUCUUGAACUUCCAAGCUGUGAAUCUCCAUCUGAAAAGCGUCUACAAGUAGCAGUUUGCCUUGCAAUGAAGGAUAGUGUCUGUUAGUGUUACACGUAUAUUCACUGAUGAUAAGAAUGGACUAUCGACUUGGCAGACGACAGGAAUGCAUCAAGUUGGUUUUGCGGUAUCGUCAAUAGUCCCAGUACUACCACAAACCACCCUGCCUAGUAUUAUGCACUCCCUGUAAUGCUGGAAUCCGUCAGAGCACUCAAAGUCGAUGGAUGUGUGAUUUUUAGUGAAUAAAUACAAUGUAAUACAAUGAAGUACAUGUAGUACACACAAAUGAAAACGACCAACGGAAACAACAAUUUUCAUAUGAGGACUACUAUGACAACUCUUAACCAGAUGGGCUGAAAUUUGGAUUGUGAACUUCUGUCGGCUUUUCCCUUGGAACAGAGAAAAAUUUGGGAAAGAAAUGCUUGUCCGACGGUUGAUCCGGCGGCGCAAGACGUGGCUGUUGUGCAUUCUAGCCUUGGCCUGCGUCUGCUUGUUCUUCCAGUUCAUGGGUCUUCACAUCCUGAGCUCUGGGGCUCGUCAGUCGGAGCUGUCCUGGUACGACAGGAACAAGCCCAGGGUCCAGGCCCGGCCAGCCAUCAUUGGGGUCAGGCCCAGCGACAUGCCCCUGUACCUACCGGACGGGUUUGGCAAGAUCUUCUGCCUCGACUUCUCAGGCAAGAUUUCGUUAUCCAAGGUGAACGACGAUUACUGUGACUGUCUGGGGGACGGAUCGGACGAACCUGGAACGGACGCCUGCCCUAAUGGAAGGUUUUAUUGUUUGCACGAGAAGCGAUUUAUACCGUCCGGCAAGGUGAAUGAUGGGAUAUGCGAUUGCUGCGAUGGAAGCGAAGAAUGGAACCAAACUGUCAGCUUACAGAAAGUCAAAGGCUUUCCUCAGAGUAACAGAGUGCGGCAGGCUCCGUGCGAGAACACAUGCACAGGAGUGGACAACCGGGUCGUAGAGGAGGAAAGCAUGAAGCGACUUGGUGGACGGAUGAAGCGACACUACCUCCAGGAAGGGAAGGAACACAAAGGGGAAAUAUACGGCGAUAACGGGGAGUACUAUCUACUCAGCAAGAAGUGCUUCAACUAUUUUGAGGGCCACGCCCACUACACGGUGUGUCCAUUCAAGCACAUCGUCCAGGAAAAGGACGACCACUCCUUCUUUGUCGGCAAGUCGCCGGAGUGGGACCUGGAAGCAAAGGCUGACGGGAACAACAUUCUCGUCAUGAAGGACGGCGACAAGCGAAAAUGCCCCAACGAUGUCAAAAGAAAGACUUACAUUCACUUAGUGUGUGGCCUCAGGGAUGAAGUCAUCAGCAUGAGGGAAAGUGAGACAUGCAUUUAUUCUAUGAGGUUCUCAACUCCCGCGGCUUGCUGAGCUCUAGAAAGCUGGGAACUGCCAUCAGUAAACAGCGGUAGGCUCCUUGAAGCUGUGAUAGCUGGCUCAUCAUUAUGGAAACAGAGCCGUCCUUGGAACGACACGGUUACCCGUCAGAAAACAGCAGUAGGCUUCUCAAACCUGCAACAACGGGCUCGUCUUAGAAACAGAACAAUCUUGGAUGUACAUUGUUGUCCAUAAGAAAACAGAAGCAGGCUUUUAAAAAAAUGCAACAACUAGCUCAUCCUAAUGGACACUAAUCCAUCUCGCAUCGGCAUGGUUGUCACAAAACAGCAGUAGGCUUCACAUUUGACAAAUCUGCAAAAACUGUUAAUGAUAUUGGAAACUAAACCAACUCGGAUCCGUGUGGUUUCCACCAGGAAACAGCAGCAGGCUCCAAAAAGCUUGAACCCAACUGGCUCAUCAUCUUGAAAACUGAUCCGUCAUGGUAUGGCAUGGUUUUACAAGAGUAAAGCCUGAUAUCUACAUGUAGACGAGUCACUUCCAAACAGUACUUCAGCCUCUGUGAUACAGAGUCUGAGAACAAUCAGCACAUUAUAGUGCCAUUAUGACCUGGGUCAUGCUGGGGUCAACUGAAUGUAUGUUACAUGUGUGUACAAACAGUACUUGAAAAUGUGGCCAACCACUGUACAAGAAUGGUCAAGGUACGUAGCAACCAAUCAAAUCGCAGAGGCAAGGAGAGCUUGUCUCUGUUCAUACCAAGGGAAGGGUGGUAUCCCACAGUGGUACCCCACCAUUGGUCUCUGUCUGGCCAUACCCCAAAAGGGCAAUUCUACAGACGAGGGAUAAAAGGACAAAGGAUAAAAUGAUGCAACUAAUCCGCAAACUCCAUCCGUAAGGUUGUGUGCACAUGGGUGGGGGUGAUUGUGUGCGAAGAGGGGGGCAACGGAUGAGGGGCAAUCAACGGAUGUAAUUUUUGUCAGCACAAUUAUAGACAGUGGUUUUUUUUUGUUCAGUCUAUCAAAUUUUCUGUGCAGAGCACAAGCGUUUCUAAACAAAAAUGCAGCCAAAAAAGAUUGAUUGAAAACUGUGCCUUUUUUUCUAUCUUAAUUGUUGAGUGUUGCUAGGUAUCACCCAUUAUACAUCUCAAGUAGUAUAUUUUUGUACAAUGGCGGGCCCACAAAAUCUGUGAUUGUAAAAUAACAUUUGUAAAUGAAUUAGAAAAAAAAGCUUGAUAAUCACUUGAUCAAUGCAAUUUGAUUUAAAAAAAA